AUGCAGAUAACCUUACGUCUCGCAUCAAAUCCCUCUUUUCUCUUCACCCCUAAUGGAGGUAGAUGUAUCCCUUCACUUCGCACCGUUUAUUUCGCUCCCGUACCUCGCCGGAAUUCUCACCGGUUAUCAAUUCUCUGCGCCGCUAACAGGAGGAAGCGAUUUGGGAUCGGAAAAUCCGGAAAAUUGGUGCUCGAAUCAGCUUGCGUCAUCGCAUCGAAGCUAGGGUUUUUACCCGAGCCGUUAGGGUUGUUGCUGCGGCAAUGCGUCGGCGGCGGCAGCAAUGAUGGAGGUGGGAAUGGGUUCUGGAACGGGUUCGGGCGGGGCUGGUCCGAUGGGUGGAGAAGGAGGAGAAAGGGGAAAUUGGGGAUGGUGGGCAUUUUGGUCAUUUGUGGUUUGGUGGGCGCGUGGUUUGUUCUGGGCAAGGAGUUAGUGUUAGACGUUGAUGCUGUGAUUGGAGGUUUGGGUUUGAUCCUGUUUGGGGUUUCGGCUGGAGCGUGGAGGACAGGGGCUAAAGAUUGGAUUUUGGGUUUCUUUUGCUGUGCUUUUUUGGUGGGUUUGGUUUCGAGGAAGGACGAUUUUCGGGCUCGGGUGGUUAGGAUCUUACGUUGUUUGUUGCUGCGUGUUUUUGGUGGGUUGGUUUUGAGGAAGGACGAUUUUCGCCUUUCAGGCUCAGGUGUUUUGAGGAAGGAAGAUUUUCGGGCUCGGGUGGUUAGGUAUAUUGGAACCGCGAAGAAGAACUUGAGGAGAAAAAGGAGAGCAUUUUGA